ACUUCCGUUUCCCGAGCACGCCUUCCGCUUCCGGCCCUAGCGCGCCGACGACGUUCCGUCUCCGUCCGUGGGAGUUCUGUGGCGCGGCCUUUUCCCUUGCCUGGCCGAGGAGGACGAGGAAGAGGGAGGGUCGCCCCUCCGUCGCCCGACUCUCCUGAAGAUGGCGCUCUCCAAGCGGGAGCUGGACGAGCUGAAGCCAUGGGUGGAGAAGACCGUGAAGCGAGUCCUUGGCUUCUCGGAGCCUACUGUGGUUACAGCCGCCUUGAACUGUGUUGGGAAGGGGAUGGACAAGAAGAAAGCUGCCGAUCACCUGAAGCCUUUUCUGGAUGACUCCACUCUGCGGUUUGUGGACAAGCUCUUUGAGGCCGUGGAGGAAGGCCGGAGCUCCCGGCACUCCAAAUCCAACAGCGACCGGAACCGGAAGAGGGAGCUGAAGGACGUGUUUGGGGAUGACUCUGAGAUUUCCAAGGAAUCUUCAGGGGUGAAGAAGCGCCGCAUCCCACGCUUCGAAGAAGUGGAGGAGGAGCCCGAGGUGAUCCCCGGACCCCCAACUGAAAGCCCCGGGAUGCUGACCAAGCUGCAGAUCAAGCAGAUGAUGGAAGCUGCCACACGUCAAAUUGAGGAGAGGAAAAAGCAGCUGAGUUUCAUCAGUCCUCCUGCCCCACAGCCAAAAGCCCCAACAACAACCACCCAGCCAGAGCGCCUCCCCAUUGGCAACACCAUCCAGCCUUCGCAGGCGGCCACCUUCAUGAACGACGCCAUCGAGAAGGCCCGGAAGGCGGCCGAGCUGCAGGCCCGGAUCCAGGCUCAGCUGGCCCUGAAGCCUGGCCUGAUCGGCAACACCAAUAUGGUUGGCCUGGCCAACCUGCACGCCAUGGGGAUCGCCCCGCCAAAUGGAUCACAUGGGCAGAAAUGUCCCAUCACACAGGGAUUUGCCCCUUGUACGCGGAAAGUUGAGCUGAAGGACCAGACCAAGCCGACGCCGCUGAUCUUGGACGAGCAAGGCCGCACAGUGGACGCCACCGGCAAGGAGGUGGAGCUGACACACCGCAUGCCCACCCUCAAGGCCAACAUUCGGGCCGUGAAGAGGGAGCAGUUCAAGCAGCAGCUGAAGGAAAAGCCCUCCGAGGACAUGGAGUCCAACACAUACUUCGACGCCCGAGUCUACAUCAACCCGGCCCAGCGGCCGAAGCGGACCUUCAAGUUCCACGACAAGGGCAAAUUCGAAAAAAUUGCCCAGAGGUUGCGGACGAAGGCCCAGUUGGAAAAACUCCAGGCCGAGAUUUCUCAAGCUGCCAAGAAGACCGGAAUCCACACCUCGACCAAAUUGGCCCUUAUCACCCCCAAGAAGGAGCUGAAGGAAGGGGACACCCCUGAGGUGGAGUGGUGGGACUCCUACAUCAUACCCAAUGGCAUCGAUUUAAAAGCCGCCGAUUCGCUUAAAAAAGAGGACUAUUUUGGCAUCACGAACCUAGUGGAGCACCCAGCUCAGCUAAACCCUCCAGUGGACAGUGACAUGCCGGUGACCCUGGGGGUAUACCUCACCAAAAAAGAGCAGAAGAAACUACGGCGCCAGACCCGGAGGGAAGCGCAGAAGGAGUUGCAGGAGAAAGUGAGGUUAGGCCUCAUGCCACCUCCUGAGCCAAAAGUACGAAUCUCUAACCUGAUGCGUGUUCUGGGAACGGAAGCCGUUCAGGACCCAACCAAAGUAGAGGCUCAUGUUCGUGCACAGAUGGCCAAGAGGCAAAAAGCUCACGAAGAGGCGAAUGCUGCACGGAAGCUCACCGUAGAACAGAGGAAAGCCAAGAAGGUUAAAAAGCUGAAAGAGGAUAUUUCACAGGGGGUCCACGUAGCUGUCUAUAGAGUCCGAAAUCUAAGCAAUCCGGCAAAGAAAUUCAAAAUUGAAGCGAACGCUGGCCAGCUGUACCUAACCGGAGUUGUGGUUUUACACAAAGAUGUCAAUGUGGUGGUGGUAGAAGGAGGCCCUAAAGCACAGAAAAAAUUCAAACGGCUCAUGUUGCAUCGAAUAAAGUGGGAUGAGCAGACAUCAAAUACAAAAGGAGACGAUGACGAUGAAUCCGACGAGGAGUCUGUGAAAAAGUCAAACAAAUGUUCUCUGGUUUGGGAGGGCACAGCAAAGGAGCGCAGCUUCGGGGAGAUGAAAUUCAAGCAGUGCCCCACCGAGAACAUGGCACGGGAGCACUUUAAAAAACACGGAGCAGAGCACUACUGGGACCUGGCUCUGAGCGAGUCCGUAUUAGAAUCCACAGACUAAAGGGCCCCCCCCUCUCUCUUGGCUUUUUGUGGUGUUCAGUUUGGAGAGUGAGAACUCAGCUGAGACUUUGGCCUUGGAGGUGCCACUCCCCCCACCAAAGAGGCCCCCCCUCCCCAAGCCCACUUUCUCCCCUCAAGUUCCCUGCAGUGUGACAGCAUACGAUUAAAAGAAAUAUUUUUAAAAAAACAGAGCAAAACUA